AUGUAUUUUGAAUAUAAUCGAACAUCAGGUGUUAACGGGGUUUGCAAUAUACAGGAAAUGACACAAGCCAGAGGACGGGGGAGAGGCCGAGGACGGGGGAGAGGGCGUCAGGCGAGGCAAGAGGAGGUAGACGGUGAGGCAGUUGGUCCACAAAACCGGAGUUUGUUAGUGGAUUUUAGGAACCAUGUUGCUGUUGAUAUUUGGAACGGUAUGAAGCGACCAUUGUUGAAACUGCACUCGCACGGACGUAAUUUGAAGAAGUGGUCAAUAGCGGAGGCAAAUGAGAGGUUACUUAUGAGGGUCAGAAGUUCAAGGGUUAUAUUGUCUGCCUUUGUGGAGAGGUGGCAUUCGGAGACAAAUAGCUUUCACUUUCAAUUUGGGGAGAUGACUAUUACACUGGAUGACGUGCCGCACCUUGUUGGGCUUCAAGUGGAGGGGUUAGCGGUGCAUACAGUGGAUAAGACGAGGGAGGAGUGUUUGGCAAUGGUACAGAGGUGUCUUGGUGUGACGGCAGACGUUGCGGAGAAUAAAGUUACAACAAACAAUCGCGUUGCGUUUGAAUGGUUGUUGAAAACUUUUAGUGAGGUGGUAGAUGGGGACUCGGAGGAAAGGGUUGAUUGUUGCGCACGGGCUUACUUGCUCUAUCUCCUUGGCAGCACCCUAUUUGCUGACAAGACUGGGACGACAGUUUCUGUUCAGUUCCUCACUCUUUUGGAGGACUUGGGACGGGUUCGCGACUAUGCUUGGGGUGUAGGAGGGUUGGGCCAUUUGUACAGACAACUUGGAUGA